AUGCUCCUGGGCCUGGACACAGUUCAUAAGCAGCGCGUUGCCGAGGUGCUGAGCGACCCGGAGCAGAGAGACAAACAAAGGAGUCGAGAGAGUUUAAAUUCAGACACAGUGAAAUACGAGAGCGGCCAAAACGGAGGAGAGGGAGUGAGUAUGGGCGUGGAGUGGAACGGGGAUGGCUCUGGCUCUCUGAAGAGGAGCGGAUCUUUCAGCAAACUCAGAGCUUCUUUACGACGCAGCAGCGAAAAACUGGUGCGAAAACUCAAAGGAGGAUCAUCCAGGGAGGCGGAGCCCAAGAACACAGGCAUGAAGCGAGCCAGCUCCUUGGGUUUUCUCAAUUUGUUGGACAGAGCUGCUCCAGACCUCCACCAAGAGCGAAAUAAUCGUCUGAGGAGGAGCGAUCUGAGUGCUAGUUCUACAAACCUGGCACUUUGAUGUUUUUAUGGUAAAUAAAACAGAAGUGGUUUUGUGCACUUUGGACCUGAACAUAUCGAGAGGAAGGACGACGGGCAUCUACUGUACAAAUGUUUGUGAGUUUAAAGCUGCUUUUUCUGCCAGGUUUAGGUCAAAUUACUGAAACACGUCCAAAACUAGAAAUGAGUUUACAUAGAGUUUAUAUUAGAACAACUUGAACACUGCUCAGUUUGUCCGUUUGAAAAGGUUUCUAGUUUGAAAUAUUUAAGAUGGAGUUAUGUUAGUUUGUUAUCUAUAGUCACCUCACUGCAAAAUAUGAUAUAUAAUAAUAAAUGUUUCAGGAAAAAAAUGUAAAAUGACUUGAAUUCAGAAAAAGGAUCUUGACUAAUUCAGUUUUUUAGAAAUUCAUUUUUUUAUUUUAUAUGUUUUGCUUUGGGUCCAGAUAUUGUUUUUUGUCUUAGCAACAAUCUGCAAGAUGAGUUUUUGGUCUUAAUAAAAUACAUACAUACAUUUAAAAAAACAACAACCAAUUAAUUUAUGUUUAAACUACCUGUAGUCUGAAAUACCUUGAGUUAAAAACUUUGUGCCUGAUUUUUCCCAUGUAUUUGAUCAAACUGUGUCUUGCCCCAGUGCAGAUAUAUUGUAUGGAGGUCAAAAUGUGUCUGCUGCAUCCUGUCUGCAUCUAAUUAUACAGCCUUUUAUUGUCUGAGAAUCAGGAAGUGCGUGUUAGCCUGCUAGUUGUUGUUAGCGUUACUCCACUCUGGUCUCUGAGAGUUGUUAAAAGCAUUUACAAACUUAUCGCUGUGAAUAAUUGACUUCAAAUAACUUCAUAAUAACCACAGCAAAGUGUCUAAAAUGAACUAGUGCUGUUUUUCACGUUUUUUAGGAUCAAAUAAACCAACGUCUAACAACUAGAUAAACUGAAAAACGUUUAUGUAACUAAAUAAUAUUCUGAUUUCAAGUCAUUUUAGCCAAUUGAUUUUUUUUAGUCCAUGUUUAGCUGGAAAUUUGGUGAGUUUUCAAAGAACAACUAGUCUGAAUCAGUUUAUAUUUGCUGUUUAGGACAUUUUUUUUUGUUUUUAUUCUAAAGUGAAGUCAAAACCAAAAAAAAUCUGCAUGAAUUUUCUCGCUUAAAUGCAAAAUGGAGGAGCCGAUGUUAUAGAACUGUUUACUCUGAGUUUACUGUUACAUGUCAUUUAGAGAGCUUUUAUUAUAACUGUGUUUGGAACUGGAAACUAUUUAUUUUUACCCAUUCAAAUACUUUAUGCAGAUGAUGUUUGAUGCAUUUUACUGAAGUUGACCAAAACUGUUACUGUUUAGCAGACGUGGCGGAGAUGCGUUUGUGUUUUAUUGAGACCUCUCUGUUCUGAAUGUACGUUUAAAUGGAGGUUUUGUUACUAUGCAGAGGUGACGCUAUGCAGAAGGAUUCAACGGGCCUCGUUCAAUGAGAUAGACAGUUACAGAUAGAAGGUUGAUGGUUUGAUCCCCGUGACUACCAUUGAGAACCGCUGUUGUGUCAUUGGGCGAGACAGUUCAGUAGGUUGCAUUCACGUUCUGGUUGGGCCUGACUCUACGGGAGAUUUGCAGUUUUGAAAGAAAUCUCCAAACUUCUGAUUCACAAAUGUUGAAUCUCGUCAUUAUUUGUUUGGGAUCAGCUCCACAAACUUGUCAGAUUAAUCUUAUGGCUUUGGUGUUUAAUAAUGACACCGCUUUCUGAGGAUAUUGUGAAAAAAAAAACUAAUUUGGCUUAAUUUAAACUGACAGAGAAGAUGUUAAACUUUGUGCCAGUUUUUGUUCCACGUGGAUAGAACCAGUAAUUUACAGAAAUAUUAACCAUAAACCAGGUCAACACAUCGCGUAAUUUGAACUACAGUUAAAUCAUUUCUCUGAUUAAACCUUGAAAUACUGCAGGUGUCUCUUGCCCAAGGACACAAUGGCACUGUGCAAUGCCGGUAUCACCGAUUCAACCAUCAACCACCAGAUAGAAAAUACUUGACACUGUCGAGCUGAAGGAGGCCCGCUGAUUGAAUCAUAUUUUUACAAUUCUUUUUAAAUAGUUUUAAAUCUGCCUGUAAUUUUUUGCGCUGCGCUGAUGAAGUUUUAGCUUUUGCACUGGAACUAAAAUAGAAGAAUCCCAGAAUUAUAAUUUUAUUCUUGGUUUUAGAAGAAGAAAUAUUGAGUGUGAGGACUGUUUUAUCAUCGACUGUUGAUCGGUCUGUUCCUGAAGUUAAAAUAAAUGUUUGACGCUGUUACAUGUUUGAAGAUGCAGAGUACAGAGGCACAUAUCUGAAUAAAGCUUUGGAGAUGAAUUCAUGAUGUGGACAGUGACACAGACAGUGGAGGCAGUGUACAAAUAAAAUACAAACUUAUUCUAACACAGUACAUACAAUGGAUAUUAUACUGGACUUUCACUUUCACAGUUUAUGUUCUAUGUCCAGCAGUUUGAACCUUAAUUCUCAGCUCCGUCCUCCUGGUUUCAGUUUGGUUUAGUCCUGAUCCAGAUGUAAUAUUAGAUUUCAUUCAAAUCUUUAUUCUGUAUUCCAUAAUUCAGAAAGUUUAUUUUCACAUUUGUUGGUUUUUCCUUUUAGUUUUAAAUUUAGUUUUAUUUUAAUCAACCAAGUCAUGUUUUUUGUUGUUUUCCCCAUUUUAUUUAUUUAUUUAUUUAUUUUUUAUAUAGAGGGAUAUCAGUCUGAUCACUUUGUCCUCCGUCUCUAGCCAGAACCAAACAUGUCCGUCCAAUCAGAUUUAUUUAUUUCAGUGACGCAUGUGAAACGAGGGAGCUCAUUGGUCACCAUCAUUUACAAAUAAAACCAAAUUCCUCUCCCUCAGAUGAACAGUUUGGAGCUUUUCUCACUGAUUCUGCAGAAAUCCUCCAUGUUUUUAGUCCCCUGCGAUAGUUUUUCUUUUCUUCCUCAUAAGCAGCCAUUUUUGUUUUGAUACAGAUAGACCACGCGUGUUUCUGAUUGGCUAAUUCACCUGUCAGUCACGCCCAUCUUCAGAAAUCCUUUAUUAAAUAUCCUUUAUUAAAACUAUUCCAGCCAAACUUAACCAACCGUAACAUUGUCUGUGUCACUAAAAUCAUCAUCGGUUCAUCUCUAUCAGAGGAACUUCGAGUCACAAGUUUGUAAAGCUGAAUGUAAAUAUUGUUUUAAAAGUUUGAAUUUCACAGUUUUGUUGUAAAUGUGUUGUUAAUAAUAAUAAUAACGCCACUUCUUUUCCUGCUUCUUGGUUUCUGUUACAAACGGUUUAAUAAAUAUUUGUGG